AUGGUGUGGCCAUCUGUUGAGGAAACUCAAGACCUCGUACGCGAUUUCUUUGCCUUGCAAGAAUUCGAGAGGAUAAAGAACAAGACGAGUCUCGAGUCAUACUUGAUGAAGAAGACAAGGAAGGUUGAAGAGAAAUUGAUGAAGAUUCGUGAGAAGAAAAAAGAGUAUACGUUUGAUCAAUUUAUGGUGCUACUAAAUCAUGGCCGUUUCACGCAAUAUCUUCCUAUUCACGAUCCACCAGUGAAUAUGUUUGAUGCGGAAACUAAGGAUCUCAUAACCACCAUAAAUGAUGUUUUCAUGAUAAGAGACGGUCAAGACGAUGAAAGAUCUGGGAAUACUUACGACGCAUCAAAGAGGAUCAGCAUUUGUAAUGUAAUAAGAGAUAAUCAAAGUCAUUACUUAAUGGAUCAAUGGGUUUUUGCAUCUUCUGAACCGCUUAGCCUACAAAUCGACCAUACAAUCGAGAUGGGAAAGGGAUCUUACAACGAAAAUCCAUACGUAUCAAGCUAUCGAUAUGCAGGGGAAAUCCUCAUCCCCACGAGAGAAAUCCACAUCUCUCAAUAA